AUAUCUGAAUCAUAUUUCAAUGCCAUCCUCCUGGCGGGAAAGGGUUCUAUCAGCUAGUUCCCUUCUUAUAGUUUGAAAAUGAGCACUCCUAAUCUACCAAAUAGUACUAUCAGAUCUGGUUUACCUUUUGAGUUAUGUCGUUCUGACUACUCCCUCCCGAUACCGGUCAUAUCACAAGCAUCAUCCUUAGUUUCCGUUCCUAGAAAUGUAUUUAAUGCUUAUCCAUCAACUGCACAAUCCAGAGGCAGUAAUGUCCUACAGAAACCUACCGUCAGUAAUUCAACGUCAAAUUUCCCUUUAGUCACUACAAGUAACAUUGCUCAGUCAAAUGCCAACGCUUUCGCAAAUUACCCAGCAUUUAACAGUAUUUUUCAAACACUUUUACGUGGAACAAAUCCAUCUCAAGUUACCAUUGCUCCCCCGAAUGUCUCAGGUUAUGUUAAUACAGUGGCAGGACCGAAUGGGAAUCUGUUCACUGGUUUUCGACCUACGCAACUAUCUUAUCAGCCGAAUAUUCGCAUCACUGCGCCUGGAAUUAUUUCGUCUGGAUCCACGCAUGGCACGGUAAACUCAGUUGCAUUGAGGUCAACAAACUGUACCACACGUAACAAUAUCAAUUCCACAUCGACAUGUACAACCACGGCCACUACAACUUGUAAUUCACUGACUACCAGUCGUGCAGCCAAUCCAUCCGUGGAAUCAUUAUUUGUGUCGAGUAAUUUUGUUUCAGUUUCUGACUCAAUCAAUCGCACGCGAAAACUGGGUGCUGCGGCUUUUGUUCGAUGGGCAGAAGCGUGUACACGGUCGUUCAGAAAGGAGCGGAUUUCUGUUUGGCCUCGAUGCAAAGCCGAUUCAGAUGCAUUGCAUGAAAUGAACUGGAUCAUUUCUCCACCUGGUCUUUUAGGCAUUUAUUCUGAAUCUCCUUUUUUGCGACCUGUAGUACUACUGCGCCGUGUUCAGUUUACUGCUCCUGGAAAUGUCAAUCCAAAUAUACCGGAUACUGAUAAUAUGGUCCGUUCUCUGCGUGAAAUAGCUGAUGCUAAAGUAACAAAGUAUCCAGGUUUCGCUCCACAAUUUCCACCUUCCGCAGCUUCUGUAGGUUUCACAACAGACUACAUGACCUAUGUAUUUACCUUAGAAUUGGAGCGUCAAGUUGUCAAGCUACUACGUCCUAAGACUGGUGAUCAUUCUGAAUGGAGAGUAGUACUAAGGCUAGGUUGGGCGACGACGGAUUUCUAUGUUCCAAGCAAUGCAUCCUCCAAUGCUGCGUCACAUCGAGCCCUUGUCUUGGAGUCAUUACCUCGUUGCCUUUCUAUUCGUGUCUCCGGUCGACCCGUACCCUUACCUGACCCCAUUUUUCAUGGUGGUCAAGCUCAACGUCUUGGAAAGCGCCUUCGUUUAUCAAUUGAUAUAACAGACAAAGUACUCAUGAAGUGUGGUUCUGCAGUUAGAAACAGAGUUGUCGAUAUUGAAUUAACCUGGUUGCAUGCACCGUUGGAAGAUCAAUCUGUAGGACUCUUAAACUUGGUUGCUGAUGGACUGGUUUCUCCAUUGUUAUGUCAUCUAAUUGGGUUGCCUCUAGUUCAAGUUACACUUGAUCGAGCUUAUUCAGUUUCCGAUCUUCGAAAUACCUUUAAUUUGGAAAAUCCAGAGGCCUACAAAAAUUUCAUCAAUGGACCACUCUUAGAUCCUAUCGAAUUUCCAUCAUUAACAGUAAAUGCAGAUGGUUCAGGAACUUUAGAAGAUCACGGGGUUUUCGGGGCAUAUGACAAUUGUUUGCCACCGGCAUUCUCACUUCCUGCUGAUAAUACAAAACAUGAACUGAAAUCUCGGCUUCAAAAAUCGUCUGACGAUAGUGAUUUAUGUUUUGAAGAUGGUGACGUUGAGCUUGCUGACUACAUACCUGUGUGCUUAUUGUGUCCACUAACUCGAACAAGAAUCGAUCUUCCUGUACGAUCGUUCAACUGUUCACAUCUUCAGUGUUUUGAUUUACACUCAUAUUUAACAAUCAAUAUGCGAAGACCUCGUUGGUCUUGCCCUAUUUGUAGUAUCUCUGCACCAUUUCGUGACUUAAGAGUAGAUGAAUUUUUUAUGAGUAUUUUGAAAAAUCCUCGUAGUGUUGACGUUGAAUUUGUUCAGUUGGAUGCAAAUGGUGAUUGGUAUUUAAAUAAUCCUAAUGACGUUAGUCCAAAUAGUUCUUUCAUCACGGAAGCUAAUCAUUUAAAAAUUGAACAGAAUAAUGUGGAAAAUGUAAAGGCUCCUAUUACAUUGAAAAAUCUUGAAGCACCUAAUGAAGGAGACAAAGUGACUAUUGAUAAAUUGAAUGAAUCCGAAACAAACACUGUUGAUAAAAACAAUACAUAUAUGGAAACGACAGAACAAGUAACUAAAGAUAAUCACAACAAUACUAAUAGUAAUAAUGACAAUUGUCAGCCAGAACCUGAGGUAAUUAUCUUAAGUGAUGAUGAUGAUGAUAUUAAUAAUAAUGAUACAAAGGAGACGGAGACAUAUGUCCAAAAUGGCAGUAAUGAUAAAAGUGUCAAUCAGUGUCCACAAAAUGUUGAUAAGCUUAAAACCACUUGUAAUAACGGUCAAAAUGAUGAUAUAAAUAAUGGUUUUCCAUGUUUAAAAGAAAAAAGUACUAUCUCAAGUAAUACGCAGUCUACACGAACUUUCACGCUUGAAAUCGAUCUGACAAAUGAUGAUUCAGAUUCUUCACUUUGUGAACCAAAUAACAGAAUAUUGGAGACCCAUUUUACUACUGAUCAUACUGUUCCGACAAAUGACAUUCAGCAGUCGGAUCUUUCAUCUGACUUUAUUCGCACAAGAGAUGAAAUUCGAUUUGGUAAUAAAGGUCCGUUAGUAGUGAUUAGCCCGUUACAGUCUAUAAGUCUUCCCAAUUCUUUGUCUGGCUCAACUGAAGAAAAUGAUUUAAAUUCCCAUUUAGAUGAAUUUAACGCUAUACGUAAUGAAUUGAUUAUGGAUCCUAAACAGAUCUCACGUGCAGACAGUAAUUGGCCUCCAGAACUUGUGCAAACUAUGUUGAGAACCUCUAAUAGUUCCGUUAACAAUAUCAAUCAGUAUGAUAUCAUUGGUUCUAAAUCUGCUUUCUAUCAACGACUAUUGGAAGUAACUGCUCAUCGAGUGAAUCAAACAAUGCUUAAGAAAAAUUCACAUAUCCCCUUAAGAGAUAAUGAAAGAUUGUUAUAUAACAAGGCAUUAUCUCUUGCUUUUGAUGGUGGUGGGUCUAAGAGGAAAGGAAACUCAACUAAAUCUAAUAAUAACAAGGUUAAUAGUAGACCAAAAACAUCUAAAAAGGUACUAACAUCCGAUUCUGAAGAUGAAUUCCCAGAUAAACCUUGUUCAAUAGCAAGUUCUUCGACAAUCACUGGUCGUCGCAAUGCUCAUAUAAUCAAACAACAACAAGCUGCUGCAUUAGCACGCCUAAUACAAGAACGAUCUACUCGUAUCAGAAGUACAUCUGAAGCAUCCAAUGAACAAAGUCAACAAGGAAUUGAAAAUCUCCCUUCAACAAGCAGUAGUAGUAAAAACGUUAAAUCUAAGAAAAAUACUGUCAGUACUCAAUCCAAUAAAAAACGUCCUAUUCGUAAGCGACCUCGUCGACGCCGACCUUCAAAUAUAUCUGAUGAUAGUAACUCUUCUAGUCAAUCUUUAUAUACUUCAGAAAUGUCUUGUGUUUCCACUUCAGAACCAUCAAAUGACUCCUCUUUUGUUAAUUCAUCACAAUGUACUGAUGAAGAUGAUGACUUGUCAAUCGACUCAUUCUCAUCAGAUGAUCGUUGGUCUCCUUCACAUGUUAGCUUCAACAGGAAGCAAAAAACUAAACGCAAACCGAAAGUACGUCGGUGAAAUUUUCGUCUUUUAUUCAAAUCUCGACAUUUUUUCCUUCUAAAGAUGGUAAACCAGUUUUAUUAUCAGCAUUUUUAUUUGUUCUAUCAAAUUUGUACAGUAUAAUUGGUUUUUUUUUCACACAUACACACACACACUUUAUCUACCUUCAUAUACAUGUAUAUUAACUCAAGAUCAUUUUCAAUUACAAUUCGAGUUUUUGUGGAUUCCCUUUCAUUUCGAGAUACUGUUAUAUUUUUCUUUAAGUGUAAUAAAUAAAAAAUCUUUUUACAGCUUUAAAAACUAACAGUUCAUCGUCAAUCUUGAAAAAAGUCAUUAUAAGUAACUGUCUGUAAAUUCGUCAGUCCAUUAAAGCAACACAAUACCUCGCGUAAAUAUUCAUGUUGCUCAGGUAGCUACACUACAUCAACAGAAGGAUAAAAAGUUGAAAAGUUCCAUACCAGAAGAGUUAUGGUAAAGAUAGUGUCUAUUAUUGUGACUUAUGAUACUUUAUUGAGAUUAUAGCAGUUUUAUUGCUUUGCUACCAAAUAGACUUUGUUGACAAUCACGAAUUGCUUGAACAUAGGCAGGAUUUCAACUGUUUUGUUCCCUCAAAUAUUUAUCAGUUUAAGUCUCAGUCGGUCCCUAAUAUUGUAGAAAAGUUGUGGCAUCAGAUCAGCAAGGAACCGAUAAUGUUUGCUUCAACAUAUAUUUAGUUGAUACUAGUUAUUUACAAAGAUUUUAAUAUAUCACAUUAAUAAAUGCAAGUUCAUGAUGUUGAUUUUCUCAAAAAAUGUUAAGCGUGAUUGUUCUUAGUUUUUAAGGUUAACUCUAUGUAUUCUCCUCAACUUCAUUAAGAAUUCCCAAGAAUAUGUCAAACGCUAUCCUACUUGUUGAAAUUAUGUAUGUGAAUCCGAAACAUUUCUUGUAUGUUUCGGAAUCACUUCAUUAGCAAUGCUGAAGAUAGACUCAGUGUAAGGGGUUAGUGUGGCGAUUUAGUUGAUAAAAUAGUGGAUCUGUUAGGUUCGUUAACCUUGAGGAUACUACUGAUUCGACUUAUUCGGAACGGAACGAAGGCUCAGGAUUCAGAGACUCAAUAGACUAUUCUGGUCCGUUGUCUUCGACUCAGCUAACUCGAUCAAGAAGUCUUGGUAAGGCGUAGAAAGUGUAUUCUACAAGCAACAGCAGAUACCAAGCCAGGUCAGGCAGAUCAGAUCAAGCAUACAAGUCAAGCGUAUUUAUACAAAUAUAUAUCGAUUUUGUCAUAGGAAAUUUUUAAACAAUAAUCAAUGUCAUCAAUGGUCUGCUAUUUAAAAAUUUAAUCGAUAAGUUCAUCAACUGACUGCCAUUCAAAUAUUUAAACAUUUAAUCGAUAUGAUAAAAUUACAAAAUAUGAGUUUGGGGGAUAUACCGGCCCCAACAGGAUCCUCAUCUACUACAGAGAUUUGGACAUGUAUUACACAUAAACAUUGGUACAAAGGGCACAGAAUACGUAUGCGCCACACAAGUCACUUGAUUUGUGUGUCGGCUAUGAUACUGCCGGGUGCCCAAACCGAAGUAGGUGGUUUCCUUAGGGGGUUCACCCCGAGCAUUUGAC